UCGUUUCCUGCUGCUGGCGGAGGCCGAGGGAGAAGGUGGCGGUGGAGGCGGUGGACGGAGGUCAAGAAGUGCCCCGCAGCCGGAGCGAGACUCGUCCGCGGAGGAAGCGCAGCAGCAGCAGCAGCAGCGCCGCCGCCCCCACCACCUCCUCCUCCUCCUCCUCCCGCUUUCCUUUCGUGUGUGUGUUUGUGUGCAUUUGCUCCACCGCCGCCCCCUUCCUCCUCCUCCGCUUCCCUUUGCAGCCCCUUCGCGUCUCUUCCUCCCCGCAGCCCGGGACAAUAGAAGCAAGGGAGAUGUCCUCCUCCGGCGGCGGCGGCGGCCACCAGCACAGCCAGAGCCGCGCCAUUCCCACCCGGACGGUGCUCAUCAACGACUCCUCGCAGCUACCUCAUGACUAUUGCACCACGCCCGGGGGGACGCUGUUCUCCACCACGCCCGGAGGUACCCGAAUCAUCUACGACCGCAAGUUUCUGUUAGAUCGCCGAAAUUCUCCCAUGGCUCAGACUCCUCCUUGCCACCUUCCAAAUAUCCCAGGAGUUACCAGCCCUGGUACAAUGACUGAUGAUUCCAAAGUGGAAGUAAACAAUCUGAACAAUCAUGACGGGAAGCCUAUAAUUGGUGAUGAUGCUCAGUUUGAGAUGGACAUCUGAUCUUCCAUGAGGGGCAACCAUGGGGAGACAGCAACUCCUGAUCACCUGUGCACAUCUGAUUUGGCCAACAGGAUCAACAACUGAAGGGUGGAAGAAGAAGCUGUUUUCCACUGGAAUCUUCACUUCAGCUUUUGAAGUGCCAAAGGAUAAGAGGACUAUUCACCCCCCCCUCCCCUUGAUUCCCAUUAGCCAUGCAAUGCUUCCCUCCUCCUCCUCCUUUGUUCCCUCCCCACUUUUUGUUUUUAACCCUUUCAUAUCCCUGGUUUGUGACUGAAUGGAAACCCAUGAUACAUUUAUAGAGCUAAGGAGUGUCCCUUGGCUUCUCGCACUUUAGAGACAACUUACCAAAUCAUGCACACGCGAGAACUUGGCUUCCAUCAGCAUUUGGAUAAUUAUUGCAAAAAACAAAACAAAACACAACACAAAAAAGGGCCACGGAAGGGGUGGAUAUAUGCUUGAAGGGACACAACACUGCCAUUGUUCUCCUCUCCCUUAACUGCUGUCAAUUUAAUCCCAGUUGGUAACCUGUUUCUGUGUAUCUUUCAUUUGUGUGUCCAGUGAACUCACUUGGGUUCUUCCGCUUCUCCUUACUAAUUAGUAUAUCUCGACACUUGGUGGGGUUCUGUCUUGUACAAGGGCUUUGCUGUGACGCCUUUCCAAAUUACAAGUUCCUGUCCUGUUCCUUUAGAAGAACAGGUGGGAAACCUAGAAAGAGCCACCACUCAAAUCAUGCAUAUUUCCUCCUAGUGCCUCCUAGAAACUCCCCAUUUCAAACAAAA